GUACCUAAAAGUACCCGCUACACCUAUCACUCGUUAACGCACACUUAAAAGCAACUUCGGGUGACCCGAUUAAGACGGGUCACGACUCACGAACAACCCAUGACCUUGCUUGGCUGCCAUUAAUGGCGUCUGGUGGUCUCCACUAAGCUCCACCAAUUUCUUCACUGACUCCACUCACAAGCAUCUCGGCGGAGCUUCCGAUCUCAUAUUCCACCACCACAUUUUCACCGAUUUUAACCGUCAAACCCAACAUGAACAACUUCUAGAUCUCAAUCUCGUUAAAUCUCGAAACCGCUAGAUGAAAGUAUGAAACAGUGUAUUCUAUCUGUAAUUCUGUUAACAUGCUGAUUGAAUUAACUAUUUGAAGCUGUUGUUCGAUGAAGCGGAAGCCUGUUUCUGCUAGGUUACGAAACAAAUGGAAGACGAAGGUGUUUGCAGUGGUUUUAGUAGGUUUUUGUAUCUCUACGGUUUUGUUAAUGGAGGCACAGUACAGACAAAUCGGUGCGUCUUCUUCCAGAUUUUCUCUGUUCGAUCGAAAACCUAAAAUCGCCUUCUUAUUUCUCGCUCGAAAUCGGCUUCCGCUUGACCUCCUUUGGCAUGAAUUCUUCGAGGGAGGGAAUGAAAAUCGUUUUUCGAUUUACGUUCAUUCUAGGCCCGGUUUCCUACUUAACAAAUUGACAACAAGAUCUACUUAUUUUUUGGACCGGCAAGUUAAUAAUAGCAUACAGAUAUAUUGGGGAGAAGCAAGCAUGAUACAAGCUGAGAUUAUUUUGCUUCAACAUGCACUUAUGGAUCCUUCUAAUGAACGAUUUGCUUUCCUUUCAGACAGUUGUAUUCCUUUGUACAACUUUAGCUACACAUACGAUUACAUAAUGUCAACAUCAACUAGCUUCGUAGACAGCUUUGCUGAUACAAAGGAAGGUCGUUACAAUCCUAAAAUGGAUCCGGUUAUUCCUGCUAACCACUGGAGGAAAGGCUCUCAGUGGGUGAUUCUGACCAGAAAGCAUGCAGAGAUUAUUGUAAAAGAUGAUGUUGUCUUUCCUAUGUUUCAGCAGCAUUGCCAGAGGAAAUCGUUACCUGAGUUUUGGCGGGAUCGUCCUGUUCCGGCUGACAAUUCGAAGGAGCAUAAUUGCAUACCUGAUGAACAUUAUGUGGCAACAUUACUUGCACAAAAAGGCCUUGAAGGAGAACUCACAAGGAGGAGUUUAACUCACACUUCAUGGGAUAUCUCAUCAAGCAAAGGCCGUGAAAGGCAAGGGUGGCAUCCCGUCACCUACAAAUUGGCUGAUGCUACUCCCAUGCUUGUUCAAUCUAUUAAGGAUAUCGACAAUAUCUACUAUGAGACAGAAUACCGAAGAGAAUGGUGUACCAGCAAGGGAAAACCGGCCCCUUGCUUUCUUUUUGCUAGGAAAUUUACUCGGCCUGCUGCCAUGCGUCUUCUUAAAAUGUCGGCAUUAGGUGUUUCUAAGGAAGGAAGCAGUUACUCUUUCAUGAGGUAAAGUGUACAGAAAUUGAUACGUUUGAAGACAGCCUGGUAGGUUUUUGUUACUACUUUGUUGUGUGCAACUUGUAUGAAAAUAAAUGUGUUGUAGAAAAGAAAAGCUAAAGGGAACCUACAACUGCUGAGUUAGUUUGAUAUGUGCUUUGUGUAUAUACAUAGCUUGAAAUCUUAAUCACAUGGAUUGGUGAGUUUUGAUUCAUUCUAUCAUUUUUCUGGUCGGGUUUUCAUU